CCUCACCCACGAGUAUCAAGCAUUAGGCAUUUCCUACACCGAUGUCACAAAGGGUUACGUGCUUCGAACUUCCAUUAUAUAGCUACGAAGCCAUGAUAAAUGCUAAACAAAAACCGUGGAAUGGAAACAAUUAAGCAAACACGAGGAGGACACGUUCGAUUCGCUGCGGCGCGUAGUCACGUCGCAGCCUUACUGACAUUCCACUGUGCCACCCUUCAUAAUCCCACCACAGUUGAGUCUUCCACCCAACUUGGUACUGGUUGUACCUACGACCAUGCUCAGGUUGAAUGUCUUAUCCCGGUUUCCCAACCCAUUCAAACAUAAAACACACGACAGCGACCACCUCGAACAUCGAGAAAUCCCUUUUUCUGCUGCUCCCGAAUCCAAUUCCGAGUUCACAGAGUUAUUCGACGAAAUGGCACAUAGGAAAGGGACUAAUAAAAGGACAAGCUGGGGUGGCUCACAGGGAACAAUGAGAGAGCAGGUUUCUCUCGAGUCGAGUGAGACCGGUAGAAGGAGAAGCGGACGUAGACCUACUGCCGUGGAGGUGGAAGGUACCGCUGGUGUGGCAGCGGAGGGGGGCGUAACAAAGGCUAUGAUGGGAAUGAGGAAAGGAGGGUCGGGCAGCACUACCGCUGGUACGAAGAUACCUGAGGAAAGUACCAUCCCCAGGGAACAUCAGGUUAAAACACAGGCAUCGAUGGAGAUGAAGAAAGGAGAGUCGUAUCCACAUGGUGCACCCCCGGCCGGGGAUGCAAGCGUCAUGACCAAAGAACCUCAGGAGAACCGAUCUCCGGAGAAGCAGCGGAGCGUUGCAGAGUCGAGUUUGAAGGACAUCCUGACCCGCAACGGCGCGGCCGACCAGGAUUCCAAACAGUCCCUGCCGCGACCUCAGGACACCCAGAGACCACCGGAGCAGCUGCACAGCGAGUUAAGCGAGGCGCAAGAAGAGCAGGCGACGCCUGGCGGUUCACUCCAAAACGAGCUGAAGCAGAAGAGCCUCGAUCUAGACGCCCUCCGAAAAGAGCAGUACGAAUCGAAAUCGACCAUUACAUCACUCCAAGGCCAGAUAGAGCAGAAGGGCCUCGAUCUAGACGCCCUCCGAAAGGAGCAAUGCGAAUCGAAAUCGACCAUCACAUCACUCCAAAGCCAGCUGGAGCAGAAGUCCCACGAGGUCGACGCCCUCCGAAAAGAACAACGCGAGUCGAAAAUAACCACAACAGCACUCCAAACUGAGCUGAGGCAGAAGAUUCUCGAUAUAGACACCCUCCAAAAGGACCAACGCGAGUCGAAAUCGACCAUAAAAACACUCCAAAAUCAGGUGGGACAGCUCGAUCGGGCGAUGAAGGACAACGACUCUUUGAAAUCAGAAGUGAAACGUUUGAAGCUUCAUUAUGAGAAUCAGAAUAUGGAACUUCAACAGGUCAAGGAGAAACGCGAGGCGGACCAAGUUCUCCUUCUGCAACGGACGAAAGAGCUGCAGGAGGCGCAAACAUACUUGACUUCCACUCGUACGGCCUCUGGGGCUGAUAUCAUUCGUAAGGUCGAGUCGUUGAAUGCGGAGAUUCUCCAAGCCGCCGCUUCUAUUACAGACGCUCUCUCUCUCGACGAGGCAGUGUCGAUGACGACAAACGGUGGAUUGAAUGGGAUAGUGGACAAGGAGCUUAGGCUGUUCAUUGGAGAAGAAAUAAUGGCGGCACUUGCACAUCACCCAGGCGCGGACGAUUUGGACACCAUUAUCCAAAGCGGUUUACAAUACCUUAUGGUUCAUCAUUGCCACACCUUGAUAAAUUCUUGGAGUCUUGAAGGGUCCGAGUACCUAGCAUACAUCUAUGGGCGGAUUAGAAGUAAAGAACGGCCUUCUGUCGCCGGAAGGUGGCGAUUCAUGACCAAGGCGCAGAGCAAAUAUGCACAAUACGACAUGCUAGAAAACAGGACGGGAGAGUUUAUGUUCGACUCCAUCCGGUUGAUGAUCGCGGAAUGGAUUCGAGAUAAAGAGCAUGAGGCGCAUCUCAUCAAGAUAAUUGAACAGAAACUCCGUACUGUGUUGAACAUGGCAAUGGCGAUUGACAGAAUAAUUGGAGUGGACGUGGUAAUGGAGGACUGGGAGGUAUUCUAUGCGAGGCCCGGAAUGGCAUUUGAGCAGGAGAUCAUGGACGAUGUUUUUCGUAACCCUCACGACUCUGGAGAGACAGAAGGCCUCGUUCUAUGCCCCACCGGCCUUGGAUUGCGACGAACGGAAGAUACGCCCAAUGGCGAGAGCGAAGGAUGGCAGGUGAUGCUGAAGGGGAAGACCCUUCUCGAUUCGGCGUUUAAGAAAUGA